AUGCUUCUCACACUCGAUACAUCACCGACAAUCGUUCGGAGACACANCUCGAGGGUGAAGAAGGAGAUCCAUUUCGCUUAUGUCUCUCUCUCUCCGUCGCCUGGAACUGCUUCUCCGGUGAACCACCUCUCGUGUAAAGCCAUCGACUCUUUUNUCGGANUGGUGACGAGGAGGCCAACCGCUAGCGCUCCUCUCCCAAAACCACCAGAUCCGUGGCACUCGGAGCCGCGUGAACCUNCACCACCAGAUCCUCCACCAUGUCCACCAGAUNCCCCUUUCAAGGCUCAUCGAACCCCAUCUCCCCUCACCGAGCCACAGAACAACCACCCCAACGACUCCUCUCUCUCAACCAAUUCGUCUAGGGCUAAGUCGGAUGUAAACCCGGCACACUCACGAUGGCGGUGGUCCCCUGCAUCAGCCCUAGCCGCACUCGGGCACGACGACCAAGACGGAGAUCCCACAAGAAAGCCAAGUCCGAGCAUAAAUCCGCCGUGCAUCUCNUCUCCGGUGGUGGCUCAAAAGCUCGCCGGCGGUCUUACCCGGAAGUCUCCUCCGCUAUUCCAAUCNGUAAGCUUCUCUUCUUUAGGUGGCUUAUUGGGCCUAGUUUUUGAGGAUAGUAUAGAGGGCUUAGCCNAUGGUGUAUCCUUAGGGGAUUUUAAAUCCAUAAGCAUGNUNAGUUGUGUAAGGCCUUUUGUUCCUAUNGGUUUAGUGUCAUUGUUAGUAGCAGUAUCGGUCCCUAGUGCCAAGUUUUGGCAAGUUAGAAAGGAGUGUAAAACCAAGAAAGAAACAUUGGUGACUCGAACCGAAGCUAGUGCGAUUUUAAAUUAA